AUGCCCCCUCUCAUUCGACGGAGACCACUUCUCGAGCGUAUCAAGGCCUAUUUGAAUCCUCUUGACUUUCUGUUAUGGCUAUCAGAGGAGCUUGACUCAAGUGAUUGGGAGCAAUGGGAGAAGGAGUGGGCGUUACCCGUUGGAAUCGCGUUGAACGUUCUAUUUCUCGUUGCGCGUGCGAAUAGCCAAAAGGGCAGCCGAGCUCAUGACGAUGUUUUCGGGGAUGAUGGAGGUGUAAGCUAUGUAGCCUGGCUGGCAUCAUUCAUUGUCCACUCUCUGGCGCUUCUAUCGAUCUCAAAUGCGCUAUAUGCGUUCUGUCGGACACGUCCCUACCGCUUGUUCGAAGUACCUAUCGACAAUGUACCAUCAACGCCCUCUGCUAAACGAGUGCAGGUGAACUCUUCACCAAUGUCCUCCACCCCUCUGCGUUUUAUAUCCAACGUCCUAUCCGCUACCUCGGCAGAGAAGAGGGCACAUCCCGAUGCACACCGUGAUGUAUGGCAGGUGUCUGUCUGGGAUCCGCAUCCACUUUCUAUACGAUUGUUUUGCCUAUUUAGUCCUGGCCAUAUUCUGGUUUACUGGUUGUUUCUUCCUACUCUCUCGUCAGAUCCGCGACCCAGUGUGACAAUAGUGACGACUAUAUUUUUGGCUUUACUAUUGACUGCACAAAUGUCCACCCUUUCCGCCUCGUACUCCCAACAGGCUAAAGACUCGGCUUUAGUCCAUAAGCAGGUUUUGAACGAAUACGACACGAAGUUCGUUCACCCAAGGACCAAUCCAGAUGUUCGCGACGUUGCGACCCAGUUUACAGAGGCAGAUUCGUACAUCCAGCAUAAAGAUGAAAAAUACAACGUGGUAGAAACUUAUGCACCAACCACCACACAACAAACUUUUAAGACUCGCCCGAACCCCAACUAUAUCCAUCAUGUCGAUCCCGAUUACCGGGUAAAAAAGAGAGCACAGGUGACCCCUAGAGCAUCUCUGUCAACACCGCGAAUUAGGUCCACUGGUUCUAUACAGCGAACGACUGAUAAGCAAACACCCUAUGCUGCAGAUGCAUUUUCACCAAUUGCCAAACAAAGUAUUCGUCAACCGCAGUUCCGACCUACAACUGGCACAGGUGAUGGAGGAAGUCUUGGAAUAUAUUCCCAUGCCCAGUCACCUAUACGGAAAGCAGCAACACCCCAUUUUGACCGGAGGCAAAGUUCUGCCUAUCGAGAUUCCGAGGGUUCUCAUAGCCCGAGAAAGCCACCAAGCAGCCCACUCAAGCGUUCAAGCGUGGCCGGUGAUAUGAAUUCCAUGUUAACAUCUAGCCGAAGAGCUCAACUUGCGAACGAACAUACUCCCAGGAGGGAAAGCGGACGGUUUUGA